UCAUUGCCGAUGUAGCCCGUAGCCACAUGGUCAAAAUUUGGCUUGUGUGACACGAAUUGUUGGGAAGAUGAGAGUGUAGCCUAGUAAUUUGAUUAGACCGAAUGAAUGUAAACACUUAAUACUUUUCUAAAAACUCUUACUUAUAUCCGUUUAUAAUCUGCACUUUAACAAACAGGCAUGGGGAAAGCUAAGAAUAAUAAAUUUAAAAGGCCCCGAUUCUCGGCUGGAGGACUCGUGAAGGAAGUUAUGGACAACGAGGAUGAAGUUGAAGUAGAAGUUGAUUCACCUGCUGCAGAACAUUUAGAGAAACUGCAGAGUCCCUGCGCGGACGUGCGUGAGUGUGCGUGUGCGAGCAUCUCUCGGAUGGUGCAGCAGAGCCAGACCAUCCCCAGCUUCCUCCAGCGGGACGCGGUGCGUCGUCUCGGGCCACUGCUGCUCGACCCAUGUGUGGCUGUGCGGGAGACCGCGGCAGGAGCCCUCAGGAACCUGAGUGUGUGUGGGGGUCCCGAGGUGUGUGAGGACAUGGUGAAACAGGACAUCCUAACUCCUCUCACCAAGCUACUCAGGGAGUGCUGCUCAGGUUUUGACGUGAGCCCUUCACAGAAGAACUCUAAGAGCACAGUGGAGGACGUGGCCAAUGAGGCCGUCAACCUGCUCUGGAACCUGUGUGAGAACAGCAGUCGGGCCGUAUCAGUGUUUAAUAAAGCGGGGCUGUUGGACGUGCUGGUUUUGUGCCUGGAGAGACAUGAGCAGAAGGUGGAGCUAGCGCUCUCUGCUGCCCAUUGCUUACACACGGUGACUGAGGAGAACGCCGAGCUGCUGGGGAGUGUGAGCGUGGCCGUGUUGUCAGCGCUGGAGGCGGUGCUCCUCUCCACACAGUCCGACAUGCAGCACACACUCCUGCGCACGCUGGCCGCUGGCUCGUUGUGGAACCUGAAGAACAGCAUCCCCGCGGGGCGGCAGGCCCAGACGCUGAGCGCCCUGGUGGCCACUCUCUCCGCCAGCCUCGACCUGGACGCCGGCGCGCUGAUCCCAGACCUGCUGCAGGCCGAGGUCGCCCGCCUCGCCAUCGCCGCCGACACCAGCGACACCAGCCGCCCGCACAGGGAAGAGGAGGUGGAGAUGGAGGAGGAGAUGGAGGAGGAGAGGAUGAACAGAGGGAAGAUGGGGAAUCAAGAUGAAGACAUCUCUGACCUGCUGCCGCGGGGAAAAGAGGAGCUGAGAAAGGCCGCAGCACUGCUCUUGGCUCAGCAGACGUCUCUGGAGGUCAUCGUCAACAUGUGCUGCUCCGAAGACCCCUCUGAUGAUGAGUGGGAGGAGACGUCCAGCAGUGACGAGAGUGAGGCCUGUGCUGAUGGUGUGGGGGAAGGUGGCCUGCAGUCUCCUCUCUGUCUGUCUGCUGAGGUCUACAGUGCCCUCAUACACCACAAUGUCCCGCAGAAGGUCCUGAAGAAGGCAGAGUUCCCCAGACCUGCUGCUGUUGAUGCCUGUCAGAGGAAUGCAUCCUGGAGGAGUUUGAUUAGAAAAAUGCACCGUGUUCAGUGUCGGGCCCUCACCUGUCUUCACAACAUCCUGGCUGCCAUGGAUACGGAGUCUCUUGGCGGAACAGCAGGUCUGCAGACAGUGGCCCAGCAGCUGGCCAGCUUAGUGUUCAGCUCUGCAGAGGUCGUCAAGGAGGAGGAGUUUCUGGAGGCAGUGACCAGUGCCUUGCGUUCACUGCUGCAGAUCAUGGCCUCCAAAAACAUCCCACAGUGUAUGAGUCCUCAGCAGCUGAUGAGUGUGUGUGAGGCGGCCACUCGCUGUGACGUGGUGAGCGUGAGGGUGAAUGCUCUGGCCAUCCUGGGGAUCACAGGAAGCACGCUGGCCAAGGAGACCGGCUCAUCAGACACACUACAGAUGAUUGGGACAGCCCUGCUCUCAGUGGCCUCAAAGGACCCAAACCUGGUGGUGUGUGGGGAGGCUCUGGACGCGCUGUUCGACGUGUUCGCCGACGGAGACGAGGCCGAGAAGGCUGCCAGGAAUAUCCGCCUGCUAACCUCCCUCAAGGCCCUGCAGCCUGUCUUCAAAGCCAAGCUGCGUAAGGAGGGCCGAGGGAACUACAGCCCGGAGCAGCUGUGUGUGCUGGACAACAUCAAGGUGAACCUGCGCAGGUUCAUCGGCUACCUGGAGACCCUGGAGAGGAAGUGACCUCACCACACUCCACUUUCGCCUACCUGAUGAACUGACCUCUGGGUGACCUUUAAGUGACCUAACAAUGUCAGACUCGGGAGUAGAGGACACCGAAACUGCUCAUCCUAGCAUUCUGUCAACUCUGGAUAUUUACUAAAACACCCACAAUGAUCUGACUGUUUUGUUUGGGUCUCUCUUGUUUGAUGGAGAAAAUUAAUGUUUUUUAUUAUUUUGAAGCGUGUUUAAAAAGUAUAUUUUAGGGAAGACUAAGAGGGAUGAUGCGGUUCCAUGUAUCAUGGUUUUGGAUUUAAACUUAUUUUAUAAAUUCAAAUGAAGGCAUGACAAUGGCCAAUCUUAUUUUACAGCCAUAUCCAGACAUGUAUUACUGUGACAGGGACAAAAAAAAAAAACUCUGUUCAAACCAAUGAACUCUUUGUGUUAUUUAACUGUAGUUCUGUUGGAACCCAAGGGUCCCAUAUCAAUAUUAACAUGUAGCUUGGGGAACACUCACACUCACAGUAGCGUUGACCGGUAGGGGAGUGCAGGUUAAGUUACCAGUCAUCAUCUUACCUUUAAUCAUGGUCAAACAAAACUGAACCAGACAUUUUCCCACUCUAAUGUGAGGCCAUUUGUAUGAUACUGGAUGUUGAUGUAUGCAAUCACUGAUAAAAGUGAAAACUGUCGCCAACAACAUGCCUUGCUCUUCACUUAAAGUUAACACUGUUAAAACUGAAUAUAACAAUUAUUGGCAAUUUCUAGGUUUUUUUUUUAUGUUCUCUUACAACAGUUCCCUGUGGAGUACUGCAUGUAUCUUAGUUUAUAGUUGCCUUUUGAUUCUAAUUUGUGGGCCAACAUGUAGAAAUGAGUCUGGUGCUGUCUGCCUGUGUGUGUGUAUGUAAAGUGUUUUUUCUCUUUAAAAGGUUUCACAAAG